CAUUUGCAAAAGAUUGAAAGCGCUUUCAAUUUUGAAAUAAUGAAGUCGUUUUUGGGGCUUAUCAACAUUGUCUACACAAUAUUGUUGCUUGUUUUGUUGACAAAAUUCAGUGCAGCAGAGCAAGAGCAGGUGAAACAUAAUAAAAACCGUCGCGGUGCCAAUCUGGGUCUCUAUGCCUUUCCACGUGUAGGACGUAGCGAUCCGAGUCUGGUGAACAGCCUUCACGAUGCCAACGAUGCCGUCGCUUAUGAUAGUAUCUAUGGCAUUGGCGAUGGCUCCGCAGAGGAUUUCGAAGAAUACCAAAAGCGCUCCAGUUUUGUGCCAUUUCCUCGGGUAGGACGCAGUGAUUCUGAUCUGAGGGAUUGGGCCCAUUUCUUGGCAUUGCAGCAGGCGCUGGACAAACGCACCGGACCCAGUGCAUCUUCUGGCCUGUGGUUUGGACCCCGUCUGGGCAAGCGCAGUGUCAAUGCUAAAGACUAUCCUUCUGCCGACAAGGAACACAAGGAUCUUUUCUAAUCGAUUAAUCUACCCGAAGGAAACAACACACAUUCGCAAACACACUCCAACACAACACGAAUUGCACUUGAUUCAAAUGUUUUACGCUUUAAAUAGAGAUCAACAUUACUAUAUACAUAUAAUAUUAUAAUGGGUAUAUAAUAAAUAAUGAACAUAACUAAUGGGCUGGUGAGGGCAAUACAAUUUCGGUGAACGAUUUUUUAAAAUUUGAUUUAAAAACACCCCCGAAACACAUUACAAAUGUAAAUUCUAUAAAUAUUCAUAUUUCAACAAAAUUUCACUAAAUAAA